CUUGGUGCCCUGGGCGACCUGCGGGUGGGCUCGGACCCUCAGGACGUUUUGGAUUUGCCCUCGUCCUCAUUUUGAACAUGCGAGGUCGGCGCCAGGAAAUUUGAAAUGCGAGGCUGAGUUCUCCCUGUUUUCCGGUACUGCCGCGGGAACCUUCGGGGAAGCGUAGACGGAAGGGAAGGGCGUGCGCGUGAUGACCGGCCCCUUCCGUCUCUGCGUGAUCGUGGGGUCCCACCUUGAGUUGCUGUGUGGACGCCUUCUUACACAUCUGGCCGCAGCUGUUUGUUAGAAGUGGAAACUGGUGCAUGGAAAGGAGAGAAAAGGUCUUCUAGCUACUCCCCAAGGACUCCGAAGACCUUGCAGAUCGGUCUGGUUUCUAGACACGUGUAUUUGAAUGUUUAGCGGAGAAGCGCUCAAAUAUCGGAGCAGAGAGUAGGAACUCCUAGCAUUUCAAGGGGUUCAUGUGUAUUUCCAGGAAUGACUGUUGACCACCUUCCUACACGGGCAGUGUGGGAUUCGUGAGCGCCUCUCGUCCUGCGGCUGCAACAUGUUCUCCAGUUGGUUUAAGCGGCUCGACAGGGGCUUAGCCACACCCGCCGGAAGGAUCGCCCAGCUGAUCUGCGGGUCUCUCUCCAGAAGUCUGGUGCUGAGUGCCCAUCGGAGAGUUCCAGAACUCAGUAGCUUUGUUGCCCGGACCAACACGUGUGGAGAAUUGCGUUCUUCUCAUUUAGGCCAAGAAGUCACAUUGUGUGGAUGGAUUCAAUAUCGAAGGCAAAACCUCUUCCUGGUCCUAAGAGAUUUCCAGGGGCUUGUUCAAGUUGUCAUUCCCCAGGAUGAGUCAGCUGCUUCCGUGAAGAAGAUACUAUGUGAAGCCCCCGUGGAAUCUGUGGUGCAAGUGACUGGGACAGUGAUUUCCCGACCUCCAGGACAAGAGAACCCAAAAAUGCCAACAGGUGAGAUUGAAAUCAAGGUUAAAACGGCUGAACUUCUGAAUUCCUGCAAGAAGCUGCCCUUUGAAAUGAAGGACUUUGUGAAGAAAACAGAGGCUCUUCGUUUGCAGUAUCGCUACUUAGACUUGCGUAGCUUCCAAAUGCAGUAUAAUCUCCGGCUGAGGUCCCAGAUGGUCACGAAAAUGCGGGAAUAUCUCUGUAAUCUACAUGGGUUUGUGGAUGUAGAAACACCGACAUUAUUUAAGAGGACUCCGGGGGGCGCAAAAGAGUUUGUAAUACCAUCCAGGGAACCUGGAAAGUUCUAUUCUCUCCCUCAGAGUCCACAACAGUUUAAGCAGCUUUUGAUGGUCGGUGGUUUAGACAGGUAUUUUCAGGUUGCCCGAUGUUACCGAGAUGAAGGUUCGAGACCAGACAGACAGCCCGAGUUUACUCAGAUUGACAUAGAGAUGUCUUUUGUAGACCAGACCGGGAUCCGGAGUCUGAUUGAGGGUUUGCUCCAGUAUUCCUGGCCCAGCGACAAAGGUCCUGUGGGAGUCCCUUUUCCGUCUGUGACUUUUGCCGAGGCACUGGCCAGCUAUGGAACUGAUAAACCCGACACUCGCUUUGGGAUGAAGAUUGUAGAUGUCAGUGACGUGUUCAUAAACACAGAGGUUGGCUUUCUUCAAGAUGCACUGAGCAAACCCCAAGGAACCGUCAAAGCCAUAUGCCUCCCCAAGGGAGCAAAAUACUUAAAAAGGAAAGACAUUGAGUCCAUUAGAAAAUUUGCAGUGGACCAUUUUGAUCAGGAAGUCUUACCUGUGUUCCCAAAAGCCAAUAGGAACUGGAACUCUCCGGUUGCUAAGUUUGUGAUGGAGGAACAAGGAUUGGGACUGAACAGACGAAUGGAGAUCCAGGAGGAGGAUGUGGUCCUGCUGACUGCCGGAGAGCACAAGACAGCAUGCUCUUUGUUGGGGAAAUUGCGACUGGAAUGUGCGGACCUUCUAGAAGCAAGAGGAGUGGUGCUUCGUGACCCGGCUGUUUUCUCCUUCCUCUGGGUGGUGGAUUUCCCACUGUUCCUUCCCAAGGAGGACAGCCCCGGAGAGCUGGAGUCGGCCCACCACCCGUUCACGGCUCCCCACCCCAGUGACGUCCACCUCCUACGCACUGAGCCUGAAAAGGUCCGCAGCCAACACUACGACUUGGUUUUGAAUGGCAGUGAGGUAGGAGGCGGCUCUAUCCGAAUCCACGACGCACAGCUCCAGCGCACCGUCCUGGAAGUGUUCCUGAAGGAAGACGUGAAAUUGCUCUCCCACCUGAUCCAGGCUUUAGAUUACGGGGCGCCCCCUCAUGGAGGAAUUGCCUUAGGGUUAGACAGACUGAUAUGCCUUGUCACUGGAGCACCGAGCAUCAGAGAUGUCAUAGCCUUCCCCAAAUCCUUCCGGGGGCAAGACCUAAUGAGCAAUGCCCCAGAUUUUAUCCCUCCUGAGGACCUGAAGCCCUAUCACAUUCAGGUCUCCUGGCCAACAGAGUUAGAAGCAGAAAAGAACUCAUUGAAGCAUCCACACCGUCCAGAAAGUUGAGCUUUGGAAAAGUUUCCUCCUCUUCGCUCAAUCAGAUCCGGAGUUCUGCCGCAGACCUGACACGUCCCUUGGUGGAAGGGCUCCAGGCCACAUUCUUCACCACAAUGAAGAAACAAGUAGAAGGUGUCCAGUCUUGACUCGAUAACAUGCAAUAUUAGGAACUCUUUGUUUGGGACUUUGUUGGAGUUUCUUUUUACUUGGAGAGGUCUGAAAGAUGGCUCUUUGUUG